AUGGCUCUAAAAGGACAAGAAGAUUACAUUUACCUUUUUAAGGACGCAGCGCAUCCCGUGGAUUUUCUGGAUGCAUUCAGGACAUUUUACUUGGAUGGAUUAUUUACGGAUAUCACCCUCCAGUGCCCGUCAGGCAUCAUCUUCCACUGCCACCGAGCUGUUUUAGCUGCUUGCAGCAAUUAUUUUAAGGCAAUGUUCACAGCUGACAUGAAAGAAAAGUUUAAGAAUAAAAUAAAAAUCUUUGGCAUCCACCAUGAUAUUUUGGAAGGUCUUGUAAAUUACGCGUACACUUCUCAGAUUGAAAUAACCAAGAGAAACGUGCAAAGCCUGCUUGAAGCGGCAGACCUGCUGCAGUUCCUCUCCGUGAAGAAAGCUUGUGAGCAGUUUUUGGUGAGGCACCUGGAUAUUGAUAAUUGCAUUGGAAUGCACUCCUUUGCAGAGUUUCACGUGUGUCCGGAGCUAGAGAAGGAAUCUCAGAGAAUCCUGUGUUCAAGGUUUAAGGAGGUAUGGCAACAAGAAGAAUUUCUGGAAAUCAGCCUUGAAAAGUUGCUUUUUAUCUUGUCCAGAAAGAAUCUCAGUGUUUGGAAAGAAGAAGCCAUCAUAGAGCCAGUUAUCAAGUGGACUGCUCAUGAUGUGGAAAACCGAAUUGACUGCCUAUAUAACCUACUAAGCUAUAUCAACAUAGAUAUAGAUCCUGUGUAUUUAAAAACGGCGCUAGGCCUCCAAAGAAACUGCCUACUCACCGAAAAUAAAAUACGGUCUCUAAUAUACAAUGCUCUGAGCCCCAGGCAUAAGGAGAUUUCCCAGAGGUCCACAGCCACGAUGUACAUCAUUGGAGGCUAUUACUGGCACCCUUUGUCAGAGGUUCACAUAUGGGACCCCUUGGCAAAUGUUUGGAUCCAGGGAGCAGAGAUGCCAGAUUAUACUAGGGAGAGCUAUGGGGUCACAUGUUUGGGACCCAACGUUUAUGUAACGGGGGGUUACAGGACAGAUAACAUAGAAGCGCUUGACACAGUGUGGAUCUAUAACAGUGAGAGUGAUGAGUGGACGGAAGGGUUGCCGAUGCUCAAUGCCAGGUAUUACCACUGCGCCGUCACCCUGGGUGGCUGUGUCUAUGCUCUGGGCGGCUACAGGAAAGGGGCCCCGGCGGAAGAGGCCGAGUUCUAUGAUCCACUAAAAGAGAAGUGGAUUCCCAUUGCAAACAUGAUUAAAGGUGUGGGAAAUGCUACUGCCUGUGUCUUACAUGAAGUUAUCUACGUCAUUGGUGGACACUGUGGCUACAGAGGGAGCUGCACCUAUGACAAGGUCCAGAGCUACAAUUCGGAUUUCAACGAAUGGAGCCUCAUCACUUCUGGGCCCCAUCCAGAAUAUGGAUUGUGUUCAGUUCCAUUCGAAAGUAAGCUCUAUCUAGUUGGUGGACAAACAACAAUCACGGAAUGCUAUGACCCUGAACAAAAUGAGUGGCGAGAGAUCGCUCCCAUGAUGGAAAGAAGGAUGGAGUGUGGUGCUGUCAUCAUGAAUGGAUGUAUCUAUGUCACUGGGGGAUAUUCCUACUCAAAGGGAACGUAUCUUCAGAGCAUUGAAAAGUACGAUCCAGACCUUAAUAAGUGGGAAAUUGUGGGUAAUCUUCCAAGUGCCAUGCGGUCCCAUGGAUGUGUUUGUGUGUAUAAUGUCUGA